ACCAUUCGGCAACUUAUGAGUUCGGCUACAGUGACUCGGCCAUGGGAGUGGCGUUUUAUAUCUCGGAUGAGGAUGGGCUCGGCCGUGUGUAAGGGAUAACUUCGGGUCAAUUAACCUAGCUGAAGGUCCAGUCGGAGGAUAAAAGCGCGCGAAGGCUCCUCUGGCCGCCGAAGCCCUCGACGUCACCGAGACUAUUCAAUCUCAAAGUGCGGUUUCUUCCUUCCUUCAGAGGAGUCUAUACUUCAUAUCUUAAAGUCAACACAUAACGAGUUAAAGAGCUCUAAACAUGGCACCCUCCCGUGUCGAUAGUCCGGAGCCCAUCUCAUCCCCUGCCCCGGGAAAGCUUCAGUCCAUCCAGACACAGCAGCCUCACUAUGGUGACUUCCGUGACGACUUCUUUCGUGACGGUUACGCUGUCAUCAAAGGCGUGCUGAGCAAGGAGCGCGCUAGCGAAUACCAGAGCGAAGCCCUGACCUGGCUUGAAUCAUUCGGGCUUGGCUUUGACCGCAACGACAAGUCCACCUGGAAGAAGGAAAACCUCCCACAGAGCUGGAAGGGCGGCAUGUACCUGCACUUCUCAGCUGCGCACGAGAAAUAUGUCUGGGACGUCCGAUGUGAGCCUGGUGUGAUUGCUCCCUUCGCUAAGCUUUGGGGUACCGACGAACUUGUCGUGUCCUUCGACACGGUGAACAUUACUCUCCCUCAAUCCAUCGUAGGCACCUACGACUCCCAGCCCUGGCCACACUGCGACCAAGCGCCCGAGCGCAAAGGUCUGGUCUGUGUUCAGGGCCUCGUCAACCUGUCCAACGCGGGCCCCGACGACGGUGGGCUCAUUGUAAUGAAGGGUUCUGCACCGCUCUUUGACCAAUUCUUCGAAGAGAACCCCGUCACUGGUCCCACCCCCUGGCGCACCGCCAAACAUAAGGAUUUCCACCCCUUCUCUGACAAGGAUUUGGACUGGUACCGCGAGCACGGAUGCGAAUUGAUCAAGGUCUGCGCUGAACCUGGAGACUUGAUUCUCUGGGACUCGAGACAGAUGCACUGGGCUCAGUUCGGGAGCUCAGAUGUAGUGCGGACUAUUGUCUAUGCUACGUAUACGCCGGCGGCAUGGAUGAGCGAGGAGGAUCGGGAGAAGAAGAAGGAAUUGUUCGAGGGAUAUGAGACAACUACACACUGGCCGCAUACUAACUUGUAUACACAUGGGAAGGCGAUGGUGAAGGUGGAUGGGGAGGAAGUAGUGGAUCCGUUGGAGAGGGACGAACCUCUUACCAAGCCGGUGAGAAGUGAGAGGUUGUUGCAGUUGGCAGCUAUCAAUGUGAUCAAUAUUCGCGAUUCGGUUACGGCAACAUCAUCCAUUGCCGUCGUGCGGCACGCGCACCUCCGCCCGGCUCCUACACGCACAAGACAAAUGUCUGCACAUCUCAAUAUGGAUGACAAGGUCAUCGACGCAACGCAUCAUGAACUUGCUGUGGAUAAAUCCCAAAAGCGUCAUUGCAAAGGCAGUAACCCAACCGGCACAGUGAAACUAGUCGAGGAUGGGGAAAUAGUGUUGAUUCCGACGCCGUCUCCAGAUCCAAGAGACCCCUUGAACUACCCUCAAUGGCAAAAAUGGGUAAUCACGUUCGUGCUGGGAUUGUUCUCCGUCUUGGGCGUCCUGAUGACCUCCGGAAUGGGACCCUUCGUCACCUUAAUGCAAUCCUACUACGACUACAACCCCCACACCGACGAUCUAAUGACCUACCCAACCCUCUUCAUGGGGAUCGGUAAUGUCAUCGCUAUGCCACUCGCCAUGGCAAUCGGCAGACGCCCAGUAUUCCUGGCAUCUGCAUUGGUCCUAACCGUGGGAUCAAUCUGGUGUGCUGCGAGCACGAGUCUUGGAUCGCAUAUAGCGGGCAGAGAUGUGUUGUCAUUGGCAGCAGGGCAGUCGGAGGCAUUAUGUCCGCUUAUUAUCCAGGAAAUCCACUUCGUCCACGAACGCAGCAGCCGCCUCGCCUGGUUCAGUGCGAUCCAAUCCAUCGGCACAGCCGCCCUCACCAUCGCGACAUCCUACCUAGUAAGCAGCCUCGGCUGGAGAUGGUGGUACGGGGUAUUCUCCAUCGCCAGUGGACUAGUCUUCAUCAGCGCAUUUACCCUCGUGCCUGAAUCCCGCUACGACCGACCCACCGAUGCUUUCGAAGGGGAAGUGCACGUCCACCACGACGGCGAAGAACAAGUCAUCGUUCACGCAACCACCAAGAACCGCGUUCCGCUAGACUUUACCAACUACAAAGCACGCACCUGGAAGCAUACUCUAGCCAUCAUGCACCCACCAGCAAACUGGAAAGAAGCCCUAACAUGUUACAAACAAAUGGGCCAAUGCAUCCUCUUCCCCAACAUCCUCUGGGUAGUCCUCAUGAACAGCGUCUCCCUCGGAAUCUACGUCAUCGGAGUGACAGAGUACGCCUCUGUCCUCGGCGCCCCUCCAUACAACUACCCAACCACAAGCCUAGGCCUAGUCCAGGGUGGACAAAUCGUGGUCGCAAUGAUAAUGGUUCCCGUGCUCGGCUACGGCGGCGAUCAGCUAUACAAAUUGGUCGCAAGGCGUCGAGAGAAUGGAACCGUUGAGUCUGAAGUUCGACUUAUCCCUAUGCUGCUGCCUAUUAUCGUCCUGCUUAUCUCAUGUGUAAUCUUUGGCCGUGCUGCAUCUCAUCCGACGGAGUGGUCACCCUGGGCUAUCACCACUACCUUCAGCGGGUUAUAUUUCGCCUACAUUGGAAUUAUCCUCAAUGGGUAUACUUAUUCUCUGGACAGUUACGCGGAGCGGGCGGCGCCGAUUCUGGUUCUGAUUUGCGCCAUCCGUGGGUUUAUCUCGUUUGGAAUUUCGUUUGGGGUUACGAAGUUUAUCACCGAGCAGGGGUUUCAGGGUGCUUUUGAUAUUUGUGCGAUUAUUGCCGGUGUUGUGUCUGCGCUGGGGAUUCCGAUUUUCAUCUUUGGAUGGUGGAUUAGGAGGGUUACGAUGAAAUAUGCGGUUGAUGGAAGGACUGCGGAGUUUUGAUUGGGUUGUGUAGUAUUGUUUUGUUAAUCUUGGUUGGUCUGAUCUAGCUAUAUGAUGUGACUUUGAG